AUGGCCACCAUAGAGCCGCGCCUUAUCCAUCUCUUGAAUGACUCGACGACGCCCCAAAGUCAGAUCCAGCACCCUGACCUGCCGCCUCUCCAUGCCCUGACCCUGCCGACCUCCUCCUCCUCCUCCUCGACGACGACGACGUCGACAUCCUCCUCGGAUCGCCCGCUACCGCCCAUCGAGCUGGAGGCGAGCCACCGGGCCGACUCGGCCGUCUUCGCCGCCGCCAGCAACCCUCUCUCCUCCCUCAUCGAUGAUCCAACCGCCGCGGCUCGACGCGAGGACGGCGGUCGAUGGGCAGCCUCCCACCCUCUGCGGAUGCUCCUGAGCUACAUGGAUGCUCUCGACACGGCAUCGCCCCACGCACACUCCAUCAUCCUCAACGAACCGUCCGACGCCUUCGACGAUGGCUGGAGCAAGAAACGAAGCGUCGGCGGCGCCAAGGACGACUUUGUCCAGCUGCCGCAGCCGUUGAUGAAGCAGAUGGCGGCCCAGCAGGCGCCUGCGGUGCCGCCCAUCAUCAACGGCCUGCACGAGCCUCCACCCCAUGCCGCCAUGUUUCCGCCAAUUGCCUUUGGCUCCUACUGCGAUGCCGAGAUGGGCCAGCCGAACCUGCCACCCGACUUCGCUCGCGAAUCGGGAGACAAGGCCAACAACGCCCCUCCGUCCUCGCCCGACGUCGAACGGUGCGGACGCAAGACGCGGAAACGAGCGACGAAGCCGCGGAAGAAGUGGACCGAGGAGGAGACGAGGCAUCUUCUCCUCGGCGUGAGCCGAUACGGCGUCGGGAAGUGGACAAGCAUCAUCGAGGACCGCGACUUUACCUUCAACCAUCGCACCCCCGGCGACCUCAAGGAUAGGUUCAGAACCUGCUGCCCGGCCGAGCUCUGCGAGCCGUCGGGCGUUCCCAAGCCGACGUUGCCGCCCCCGGCCGCUUCGAGACGGCCGACGGCGGGGAAGGCGAGGAAGGGCCUCCACUCGGAGAACAUUCUCAUCGAGGAAGACGCGCAGCCGCCGGCCGACAGCCAGAGUCCGCCGCACGAGGCCGACCGUCCGCCGAAGAAGAAGAGUCGGGCACACCGGAAGAAGGUGGAGGAUCUGGCCGAGCUCGGCAUACACGGCCCCUUCAAGAAGUCGCCGCGGCGGGAGAGGCGACCGUUCUCGGACCAAGACGACCGUGAAAUACUCGAAGGCCUCGACAUAUACGGCCCUGCUUGGUCCAAGAUCCAGCGAGAUCCCCGAUAUCACCUCUCGAGCAGGCAGCCGACGGACCUGCGCGACCGAGUGCGCAACAAGUAUCCCGCCGUAUUUCAACGCAUCGAAAAAUGCACCUUCCAUUCGGCCAAGGACGACGGCCGGGGCAACGACACCCUCGAGCCGUCCGUCACCCUGUCCAUCGGUGACUCGCUCAAGCCGCCGCCGCCGUCGACGUCGGGAAACCAGCCGAUAAGCCACAGCAGCUCCAAGGAGGACCUGAGCUCGUGGCCGUUGCAGAUGCUAGAGUACGGUCACACCCCCUCACCCGCCACUUUUGAGUUUGCCGAGCUCAACGGGCCUCACUUGUUGGGCGGCGAGAUGGACAUUGCGAGACUGCUGCUCGACGAAUCGAGGCUCUCCCAGACGCCCACUCGUCCCUACGACGCCUACUCGGGCUCAUCCUCCUCCUCCGUCGCCGGCACCGAACAUCGCCGGGACCGUCACAGGGUGCACCCUGUAAAAUGCUGA